AUGGGAGGCCUUCCCAACUUUAAAGUGCUAGUGUUGAGGUCUAACAAGUUUGGUGGUAACAUAUCACUUCCUUCACCAACCAAACUCCCAUUUCCGGAGUUACAAGUUCUAGAUAUCUCUCAGAAUGCAUUUGUUGGCUCUCUACCUGAUAGAUAUUUCAACAAUUUCAGAGCUAUGAUAGAGGAAAAGAAAAGAAAUGACCCAAUUCUUAACUUUGACGACAUGGGAUAUCGACAAUUUGUGAAUAUAAUAGUCACCUUAAAAGGCCAAGAUCAGUUAUUGAAUAGACUGUUGGAAGCCUUCACAACGAUGGAUUUAUCCUCCAAUAGUUUCUCCGGGACUAUUCCACCUUCCAUAGGAAAUCUUAAGAUUCUCAAAUAUUUGAACUUGUCCCACAAUACCCUCACUGGACAUAUACCUUCAUCUCUUGGAAGCAUGAGUGAACUCGAAUCGUUGGACUUGUCAACAAACAAAUUGGAUGGAGAAAUUCCAAGUGAAUUGACAAGGUUGACAUUUCUUGCUAAAUUAAACCUUUCAAUGAAUAAUCUUGUUGGGCAAAUACCACAAACUAAUCAGUUCUCUACAUUUGAGAAUGAUUCCUAUAUGGGAAAUUGGGGAUUGUGCGGAGCUCCGUUGACAGUAAAAUGCGAUAACGGGACAACGUUGCAGCCAGAAGAAGAAGGUGAUGAUGAAUAUGAAUUCAUAGAUGGAUUUUGUUGGCGAAGUAUUGUGAUGGGAUAUGGAAGUGGAUUCGUAGUUGGGAUUGGAAUUGGUUAUAUGAUUAUAAGAAGUGGAAGGCCAACAUGGUUAGUGAAUUCUUUUUUGGAGUUGGUUAUAAAUAUAGGACGAAGAAGACGCAAUAGUGCUUCAAAGCGAAAGAGAAUUGUGUGA